UCUCUCUCUUCUUGCCUCUGUCUCGCCGUUGGUUAGCGGGCAAGGUGGGCAGCGAGGGCGGAGGCGUCAUGUCCCGGGAUGAGGAGGGGAACGGCGCGGAGAAGAGGAGGAGGACCGGUGUGGACGGCGUUGGAGGUGGCGGCGGCGGCGGCAUCACGGGGGCGUUCGACAUGCUGCCCGACGAGCUGGUCGUUUCCAUCCUCGCCGACGUCGCCGCGUCCGCCGGCUCGCCGGCUGACCUCGCUGCCGCCAUGCUCACGUGCAGAAGAUUCAGGGAGGCGGGUUGGAACAGGCUGGUGCUCGCGCGGGCGUCGGCGGCGUGCGUCGCCGUGCGCGCCGGGUCAUGGUGCAACGAAGCGCGCCGCUUCCUCGUCCGCUGCGCGCAAGCCGGCAACGCGGAAUCCUCCUAUCUUCUUGGCAUGAUCAUGUUCUACUGCUUCGAGAACCGCAAGCUGGGGGCGGAGCUGUUGGGCGCGGCGGCGCGGCGCGGGCACGUCGAGGCGCUCUACUCGAUGGCGAUCAUCCAGUUCAACGGCAGCGGGCUGGCCAAGGACGGCCGCAACCUCCAGGCCGGCGCCCACCUCUGCGCCCGCGCCGCGUCGCGCGGCCACACCGACGCGCUCCGCGAGCUCGGGCACUGCCUCUCGGACGGCUACGGCGUCCGCCGCUCCGUCACUGGCGGGCGGCGCCUCCUCGUCCAGGCCAACUUCCGCGAGCUGUGCGCCGCGGUCGCCCAGGGAGGGGCCAGGUUCGCCGCGGCGCUCGGCCUCAGCGGAGAGUGCAAGCCACUGGGCCCGCACACGUGCCUGCUCAGCGACUACGGCUGCCACGUCGCCGGCGCCGCGGGGCGCCGCGGGCACGCCGCCAACGCGUUCCUGGCCGAGUGGUACGCGUCGCGGCCGCUGGCGCUGGUCCCCGGCGCGGCGGCGGCGGCGGCGCUCCGGCUGUGCUCGCAGCCCACGUGCGGGCGGCCGGAGACGCGGAAACACGAGUUCCGGCGGUGCUCCGUGUGCAGCGCGGUGAUCUACUGCUCCCGCGCGUGCCAGGCGCUGCACUGGAAGGUGGCGCACAAGAAGGAGUGCGUCCCGAUGGAAUUCUGGCUCGACGCCGCCAACGCCAACGGCAAUGCCGUCGGGGCCGUCGAGGCAGCUGCGCCGGCGGCGGCGGCGGCUGCUCAGAUGGCGAUGCCGUGACCCGCGCGUGACUCCCGCCCGAGCGUGUGGUCGUCGUAGGUCGCCAUCUCCGGGAAGCUCGCGGUUCCACCUCCGCUCCGGUCUUUUCACUUAUCGCGCAUCCAUUUUACUUUUAUGUACUUAAUACUACUUCAUUAGUGUCCAAGUUAAGCCAGGCUAAGCCAUUUUGAGUGAGAGAGAACUAAGCUUCUGUUUAUUUCGUCUUCAGUAUGCUCCUGUGUUUUUCGUACACUGGUAAUCAAGGUGAAAUUUUUGAACUCGAUUAUGAAACGUCGUCAAUUCAU